AUGAGUGUUCAUGCAUCUAACAUCCUUGAAGAUCAGAAAGAAGAACAGAGUCAUCUUGUCGAGGUUGCCAAUGCAGAAAAGCAGUUGUGGGCAUUGAUUAACUCAAAAGGUCCAUUGCACGAAGACGUUCAAGCCUUGUACCGCAAAGUCCGUGAUGGUUAUGAGGACAUCAUCUUGAAUGACCAUGAAACGGUGGAAUUUCAAGAUGUGGAAUAUUCUUUGUGGAAGCUUCACUACAAGCAUAUUGAUGAAUUUCGUAAAAGAAUACGGCAAAGUUCUGCUGAUGAGAAUAUGAGAUCUGGAACUCCACAAGAUGUUGCGAGUAUGCAAAAUAUCAUUGACAAUCAUAUGGAAGGAUUCAAAUCAUUUCUGUCUGAAGCGGCUCAAUACUACCAAAAUUUGAUCACAGAACUGAGAAGAUGCUAUGAGCUCCCCGAGGAACCUUUGUUGUAUAGGAUGGAUGGUGGCUCAGUUUCUGUUGAACCUGCAAAAUUGCUCAAGUAUAGAUAUUCAUGUCAUCGUUUUUAUGUUUGCCUUGGGGAUCUUGCUAGAUACCAAGAACUUUGUAAAAAACUUGCUAUUCAGAACUGUGACUGGUCACUUGCAGCCAGUUACUACUUAGAAGCAACAAUGAUCUGGCCAGAUAGUGGGAACCCCCAUAAUCAGCUGGCGUUAUUGGCAACAUACAUUGGCGAUGAUUUUCUUGCCUUGUACCAUUGUGUUAGAAGCCUGGCUGUUAAAGAACCUUUUCCUGAUGCCUGGGAUAAUCUUAAGUUACUCUUUGAAACCAACAGUUCAUCUUGUUUGCAUUUGCUUUCCACCGAGGCUGCCUUUGAUUUCUUAAAACCAUCUGAGAGAAGUUCUUCGUGGAUGAAGUCAAACACAAGAAGUGGUUCCUUAAGCAAAAAUAAGGUGGAAGCUGCUGAAUAUGUGUGCUCUGGAGAAACUGACUUAUGGCCUCUUUUUGUCAGAAUGAUAAGUUUCUUUUUUGUAAGAUCCAGUGAUGCAUCUUAUGUACCAGUGUAUCAUCACUGUAAUCUUACUGCUGUUUUGAUCUGCAACCUCAUUUAA